AUGGCUGUAACAGCCCUUGUUUCACCAGCAGCAAUUCGACAACAAAUCGAACAACAGCAACCGCCACCUUAUAUCUUACAAAGUUGGCGUCGUGAACAGCCAAAUCUAAAUGAUCAUUAUCUAUUGCGGCAAACAUUUUUAAUUGCACCUGAUACAGCCGUACCAUUCUCUAGAUUACGUCAACACAUAAGAAAUAUUUAUGACGAACGUUCACGGCCGGUGAUUGUCGUUCAUUAUGAUCCAUGGGCGAAAGAAGCGAUUACUGCAUCACGUGCUAAAACAGCGUCGACGUCAACAUCAACAUCAACGACCGGCUUACUGCAAAAUAUGGACCUUAUAAGAAGUCAUACAACAAUUUAA